AUGUCUGAAACACCAGAGCCUGAGGGCCAGCGACUUCGGCGCUCUUUCGGAGCCUCAAGGGCAACGCCGAAGAACGCACGCAUUGCUUGCCGAAAAUGUCACGCCCGCAAAGUGAAAUGCUCUGGCGGUACUCCCUGUGCCAACUGCCUACAGGCCAAUAUUGGCGCUGAGUGUUCCUAUCCAAGGCGAAUCAGACGAGUGAAGGUCGAUCAGAGUUAUAUCGAUGAACUACUAGACGAGAUUCAUAGCCUUAGAAAGGCUGUUCACACCCCCGAAGCUGCCAACUCAACACCGUCUCGGCGUCACGAGACAAGAGCCCAGUCUUUCGUCUCAGAAGGCGAUGCCGUCAACCAGGAAUCUCCUGCCGCAUCUGUCAUAAACGCCGAUACGGGCAUAUUACAAGCCAAUCCUGAAGCGACCGUCGUUGUUGACCAGACGAGACCUGCCCCAGAGACCGACGACUCUAUCCGGAACCCGAUUCUUGAGGACCGUCCUUGGUUCUUCUCGUUGACCCCCGAAAUGCCUAUGCUUAUCGAGGAAGCCGCAGAUGCACCUUUUGCUACCAGAUUCCGUCAAGAACUCUCUGGGAAAUCGCAACGACAUAUUCCACGCACCGAAAACGUGACUGAUGAAGCAUUGACAUCGUCAUGGAACACACCUUGCCCAUGGCCACCUGCAUCAAGAGCCCGCUUCUUGCUAAAAGUGGCACUGAAUACAGUAUGCAAGCGCUAUUAUCUCGUUCGAAGGAGCGCUACGCAACGUUUACUGGAGCAAGUUAUUCAUAACCCUGACAUGUGUGAUCUCGUAUCUGAGUGCAAGCUCUUUGUCCUGUUUGCAUUGGGCGAGGUUUACUCGACGAGGACAUCGCCUACCAAGGACAAGAAUCAACUUCCUGGUAUCGCGUAUUAUAUACGCGCAAGCCGGUUCCUCCGGGUUCUCACUGAACAACCUCGGAUCGACUGCGUUGAGGUUAUCUUGAUGCUGUCUUUAUACUCUCUGGCUAUGAACCGACGGUACAACGCAUACUGCAUGAUUGGAUCUGCUGUCAAAUUCAGCACCAUGAUUGGCCUACACCAAAAUGUGCCCCUAUCUCUGAUGCCGGACCGCGAGAAACAAGAACACAGAAAGAGGAUAUGGUGGUCGGUGUAUACUCUUGACCGCUUCUGGGGAGCUCAGAUCGGUCAGCCAGUUUCUAUCAGGGACGAGGACAUCGACGUAGACCCGCCUUCCAUCGAGGGGUUAUCUCCUGAAAGUGCGGCUGAGGACUUUGCGGACGCUGAGUAUCUGACAGCCAACCACAGGUUGACUAAUCUUGCUGCUCAGAUUGCGUCGUUGAUCUACAGCCGGAAGAAUCAGCGCACCUCCUUCUCGAGUAGAGUACAACAAGCGCUGAGAGACCUAACUAGCUGGCUACAAGCCCUGCCGGACUCUCUCCGAGCCGCCAUGGAGGAGCUUCCCCCUAACGCGACGGCACCGAUAACAGCCUUGCACCUCUCUUUCAACCAGUGUCUAAUACGAGCAGCAAGACCAAUUGUGCUGUAUGUUUUUCGUAUGCACCGAGAGGCUCGCAAGUCAAUUGAGGAUGACCACCCUCCCAUUGGCGAAGUUGCUUUGACUCUUUCGGAUGCCUGCAUUCAAUGUGCUCGACGCUCUUGUCGACUCCUUGUAGAGUCUUGGAUCAACGGAUCCUUCCCAACUUUCGAUGUUUCCUACGUUCACCACCUAUUCUCGUCGUCCAUCGUCCUCGCCAUAUCGAGUCUAUCUCAGACAAAUGAGUCUCAAAGCGAUAGUGACGACUUUGAUGCUGCGAUGCAAAUACUCAAGCAGUUAGACGAGAGUGGCAAUUUCGCGGCGAGAGAGUUCUUGAAGAGCAUGGAAGCUACCAGAGCGGCCCUUGACAGUAUAGCUGCUGAGCGAAAUCAGUCAGGACAGGACAAUCGAGAGACUGAUUCAAUGGCCAUGCGUGGCGGGCCAUUCUCUUUCCACGACCCGAGAAUGUUCGAUGCACCCACGGACACAGCUAGGAUGGCCCUGACAGAGCCUUCGUUUCAAGACUUGUUGUCCCAGUCUGAUUUGGAUCUUCAGUUCCUUGAGUCAUCCAAUAAUGAUCAAGACUUUCCGGGAUUUUUCUGGCCUAAUGAGGGAUUCCAAGGAUGA